GAUAAGUAAGACUGCGACACCUUGUCUGGUAUACAAAUCUGAAGAGGAACUUAAGAUGCUUCUUUCCAAAGGAGUCUUUUUGAACGGUGGCAAAACGUGGUUUUUGUUAAAUGCUGAUGGAGAACACUGUGAAAUGAUAUCCUCACAAGGUUGUUUAAAACCUAUUGAGUAUCUAUCAUCCGUCUAUGGAAAGAAAUCAAGAUUUGCAGUGGACUACCGUUAUGGUGCCUAUUUUUGUGAUGAAUCCAAAAUCCAUGUGAGAGCACAAUUUUUGUCACCACAUAUCACAUACGCAAUAAACCUUGUGUUCGAUUUUUACGACACAACAUUGGACAAUUUAGGCAUUCACUACAAAUUGGAUGGGGAGAAAAAAUCCUUUACAUCAUACUUAGUAGACGAGGGAGAAGAUGGAUGGUUGAUUUCUGAACUGUUUCAGUUUACUAGCCACAGAAGACAACUUGAUCUUGAAAUUACAUUUCAGUGCAAAAAUGCAAUCGUAGUAGACGCCAUUGAGUUUCGGCCCCUUGAGAGAGUGGAGCAUCAAGUGUUAGAGGAUGAGGAAGUGGAUAUGCCAGAAACAUAUUGGGAACAAAAAUUACCAAGUGAUUAUGUAGAUAUCAUCAAAUGGUCGAAAUAUAAUGUGCAGGAAGCAACAAAGAAGGAACUCUACUCCAUUCUUUGCGAAGGGUUCCUAAUCAACAAUGGUGAAGAGUGGUUUUCUCUAGCGAAAAAUGGAAAGAAAUGCCAUAUGCUACCAGCAAGCAUGGUUUUGCAAGAAUAUGAGUGGAGAUGGAAGUUUUCAUCUGAUGAUUCAAGAUUUGGAGAAGUGGCUUUUGAUUCUCAUGUUAGCAAAUUUUGGAUGAGCUGCAAAUCCAAAAUUCUGUCACCUCAAACAACAUAUGGAUGCUACCUUGUUUACAAACUACAAGAAAACCAUUCUGGAUUCGAGCGUCCACUGAAAGUAAGCGAUGUUGUCAACUCUGUACAUGGAACUCGUCCGUGGUAUAUAUUUUUACUUACUCCUCAGACCCCAAAUAUUAGACGAAAGGUUAAUCAAAACACACACAACCCAUUGAAUAGAUCUAGAAGGAAAGGCCUUCCACAACAAAGGAACCAUGGCUGGAUGGAAGUACAAAUAUGGGAAUUUCAAACGGGUGCUACGACUGAAAGCAUUUCAAAGGAUCUUUUGUUGACCUAUUCUGAAAAAAAGUUGCUUAAAGGGCUUAUUUUGGAUGGCAUCGAGUUAAAACCCAUAUAGGUUCUUUUAUCUAAAAUUGGAGAUGUUAGAUAACAUUACAUAUGUUUGUAUGUAUUUUGUAAAUUCUUUGACCUUUUGUAUAGCA